AUGACCUCGAUCAUGGGCACGGAUUUCGAAACGAAGGCAAGGUAUUGUGAUCUGAAUAUCCAAAAUCUGGGGACGUUGGGAGUAGUAUGCUCAGCUUAUGACUCGAUCACACAUCACAAAGUCGCCAUAAAAAAGAUCAGCAAGCCGUUUAAAAGCAGUGUCUUGGCAAGAAACACUUUCAGGGAAGUCUUUCUGCUAAGUAAGCUCCGACACACCAACGUCCGUGUGGCAUGA